AUUUUAUAGCUUCAUUUCAUGUCAAUGGCAACUCUCCGAGUGUCAGCAUGACAGCAUCUUGCUGUGUCCUUUCAUUAACUUCCAAAAAAGAAACUAACCAUCCAAUACCUGAAACAAUCAGAAUUAGCAGCCAACCCCAAUUUCCCGACCAAGAAAACACGUUUCCAACACACACAAAAAAAAAAAAAUCCCAAAAAACAACUUUCCAUGUUAAAACCAUUGAUUUCAUUACACUUUUUUUAGUGUGUUUGCAUAAAAACCCGUCUUUCUCCGCUUUUUACGAAACAACGACCACCUCUGCCUUGUUCUCCUUUUUGUUCAUAUCAUUUGCCAACCACUUACAUCCUUUGAAUUUUCCUUGUCAAUUCCCUUUCCCAUCUCUCAUUGCAAUUUUCGUCUCUCUCGAUCACCUUUUUUCACCAAAUAGAUUUUAAACAUUGUUGAUUGUUCCUUCUUUGCGUAGCUCUUGGGGGUUUCUUUUAACUUGUCUAACUUUCAGGCAAGUUUUUUUUUCUUAGGAGUUUGUUUUCAUUUGUUCUUUGAUGGAAGGAAUGGAUCCAGAUGAGCUUCGUCGGGUAUUUCAAAUGUUUGAUAAGAAUGGAGAUGGCAAGAUCACAAAGAAAGAGCUCAGCGACUCGCUGAAGGACUUGGGUAUCUUUAUCCCUGACAAAGAAUUAAGCCAAAUGAUUGAAAAGAUCGAUGUGAAUGGGGAUGGUUAUGUUGAUAUUGAUGAAUUUGGCGCAUUGUAUCAGACGAUAAUGAAUGAGAGAGACGAGGAGGAAGACAUGAAGGAAGCGUUUAACGUGUUCGAUCAAAAUGGAGAUGGAUUCAUCACGGUUGAGGAGUUGAGGUCGGUUUUGGCAUCUUUGGGGCUAAAGCAAGGAAGAACUAUAGAGGAUUGCAAGAUGAUGAUAAAGAAGGUGGAUGUGGAUGGGGAUGGAAUGGUUAAUUUUAAGGAGUUUAAGCAGAUGAUGAAAGGUGGUGGCUUUGCUGCCUUAAGUUAAUAUAUAAGCUCAAAAGAAAUGUUAUAGGAUAAGGGGGAAAAAAGGAAAAAGAGAAAGCCUAGCCAUGGGUUCUCUUGUAUCAUCUCAUUGU